AAUAUGGGCUGUAUUGGAAGCUCUUCAAGAAACUUAUAAUAGCCAACGUUCUCUGCUAUUCUGACUGAGAUUUUUGAACUUGUACCAAGAGAAGAAACUCUAAAAGAAUUCAACAAGAAAUCUGAAAUAAUGAAAUACUUUAAUGAGUUUGACUGGGCAAAGAUAUAAGCUUAAUUUAAGUUAGAAGUAAAAACGUUGAUAGAUCACAUAGAAUCAUAUAAAAUUAGACUUAUUGAUUCUGCAUUAUAUGUAGAAAGUAAAAUAGUAAUAAUAAAAACAAUUAAUUAGAAACUGUCUUAAAAUCCUAUUAUAAUAAAAAUGUGCAUGCAUAUAUUAUAAGAGCUCAUACUUAAUUUAGAUAAGUUUAUAUAAUUGAAAGAGAUUACUGUUUAAAAUUAAUUUCUUGAAGAAUCAAAAAUUGAAAUUAGUUAGAGGUCUAUUCAAAUAGAACACUUGCAAACCUUAACUUAAGUAUCAGAUAACUUUUUAAAAUUUGAAUUAGCUUUCUCUAAUAUAAUUUCUUAGCUGAUUAAUGAUAAAAUGACUUAUGCAAUGUAAGAAUAAUAUAAUUUCUUAAAGGGUUUGGUGGAAUUAAUUUUUAGAAACUUUGGAAUCCUUUUCAAAUAAAAAAGCAAAUAAGUAAUUCCAAAGUGAGAAUAUCUAAUGCAUUUUAACAUUCUUAGAAUUUAUCAUAGGAACUAAAUUAGGAUAUUAAGAUCAUUUGUAAAAAUUAUAGUUAUCUUAGUGAAUGGGUUACUAAAUCAAAUGAAGAAUCAUCAACAGUCUAAGAAUUAUUAGAUGUGAUAACAGAUCCAUUUUUUGUUAUGUCUGUUUAUAGGAAUGCUUUUUUAAGAAUUCCGCAAGAAAGAUUAUUUGUGACUAAAAGUUAAAAAGCAUUAUUUAAUAUAUUGCUUAAAGAUCAUAAAAAAUUUACUUCUUAACCUAUUUGGCAUAAAUUAACAGAAACAUUUUUAGAAAGAGCUUUAAAUUAAUAAUUAUAUGAAGAAUUAUUUUAAAUGUUAUUCAAUAAUUUUGAUGAAGAUUAUUGGAAAAACCAUUAAGAUAUUUUUGAAAUUACUUAUAUUGUUUUAGAAGUAGCUAAGGAGAUCCAUUAAUUAUCAAAUACUGAACUUUUUAUAUUUACUAAAUUAAUUGAUUACUUAGAUACUCCUAAUGAUAAAAAUGCAUUUGAAAGUCCUAGUGGUCCAACUUUGUUAAAGAAAACUUCAGAAUAUAAAAAUUUUCAUGUGACUUCAAAUGUGAAAAACUCAGUCAUUAAAUUAUUAAUUAGUUUAUUUAAUUCUAUUGAGACAAAUCAGUUUAUUUUAUUUCAAUUAAAUUAAACUAUUAAAGCUGUUCUUAAUAAUUUCAGGUCUAAUCCAGAAGAAGAAACUUUUAAUGAUACUAAACUUUGUUUAAUUGCAUUACUUAAAUAAAUAUCAUCAGAUACAAAUAGUGUUUAGUCAUUUAUAUAAUAAACACUGACUUUCUCAUAUAAUUACAAUUUAAAUUUAAUAAAUAAUACAGCCAUUAAUAUAGAUAUUUUAACUAAUUUGUUAAUCAUUUUACAUGAAUGUAUAUUGAAACUUGAAACCUUUAAUUCAACAAUCAUUAUUACAGAAGAAAUGAUAGUUAUGUUAAUUGAAAUAGCUGAAAUUAAUCAUUCAAUUUCAUUAAAAUGUGCAUAAAUUUUAACAUCUUUAUUUCUGUAAGCAGGUAAAAUAAAUUCAAAUGAAAAUAAUGAAGUUAAUUCAUAUCUUGUACCUAAUUCAAAUAUUAUUGGAUUAAGUGCAUUUUUUUUAUCAAAUUCUGUAUUGAUUAGUUACAAUGAAUCUGAAAAUGCAUUAAUAAAUUAAUUUUUUGAUUUUAUCCCUGGAAGAUUAACUAAUUAACAAAUAAUUUCAAUAAUUGCUAAUCUAAUUGAUGAUUCAUCAAUAAAAUAAGGAAAUAACAAAUUAGCAAAGUCUAAUAGAAAAGUGAAUUUUGAUAAUUUUAAAGAUAAAGAAUUAAGAUUAUGUAUGAUAAUUAAACUUAUUUCAUUUAUGGAUGACGAAAUCUCUAAAGAUUUAAACGAACUUUUAUACUCUUUUCUUGGAGCAUAGUUUCAAAAUUACAAAAAAAAAGGAUUUGGAGCUUAGUAAAUAUAAAUUUCAUUAAAAGUUAGGAUUUAUCAAAUUUAUUAUCAAAAAACAAUAUUAACACAGAGAUUCAAGAAAUAUUGUCAAAAUGUAUUUCAAGAACUCCUAUAGAUUUUGAGAAAAUUAAGAAAUAAUUUAAAGAUAAUCUAUCUAAUUAGAAUAAUUAAAAUGGAAUUAUCAACUUAGAUGAUAUUUAGGUUAAAGAAGAUAUAGAAGUAAAAAUAAUAUUAAUUAAAUAAGAGAGGAUCAAUUUUAAAUCAAUCUUUUUAAGCUCCCAGUCAUAUAGAAGUUUAACUGGAUGAAAGUUUUGAAUAACAAUUAUAAACAAUUAAAAAAUAAAAGAUGAAGUAAGAAAAAUUGGAACAUUUAACAACUGAGCAAAGAGAAAUGAUGGAAUAUUGA